AUGGCGGCUGCAGCACAAUCCCGGGUUGUCCGGGUCCUGUCAAUGUCACGUUCUGCCAUUACUGCAAUAGCCACAUCUGUGUGUCACGGCCCACCCUGUCGCCAGCUUCAUCAUGCCCUCAUGCCUCAUGGGAAAGGUGGACGUUCCUCAGUCAGUGGGAUUGUGGCCACUGUGUUUGGAGCAACAGGAUUCCUGGGGCGAUAUGUUGUCAACCACCUUGGACGCAUGGGGUCACAGGUAAUCAUACCCUAUCGGUGUGAUAAAUACGACAUCAUGCACCUUCGUCCCAUGGGUGACCUGGGCCAGCUUCUGUUUCUGGAAUGGGACGCGAGAGAUAAAGAUUCUAUCCGACGAGUAGUACAACACAGCAAUGUGGUCAUCAAUCUUAUUGGACGAGACUGGGAAACCAAAAACUAUGAUUUUGAGGAUGUUUUUGUGAAGAUUCCCCAAGCAAUUGCUCAACUGUCCAAGGAAGCUGGAGUUGAAAAAUUCAUUCAUGUUUCACAUCUGAAUGCGAAUAUUAAAAGCUCUUCUAGAUAUUUGAGAAAUAAGGCUGUUGGAGAGAAAGUAGUGAGAGAUGCAUUUCCAGAAGCCAUUAUCAUAAAGCCGUCGGACAUCUUUGGAAGAGAGGAUAGAUUCCUUAAUUCUUUUGCAAGUAUGCAUCGAUUUGGUCCUAUACCCCUUGGUUCCUUGGGCUGGAAGACAGUUAAACAACCAGUAUAUGUCGUAGAUGUAUCCAAAGGAAUUGUUAAUGCAGUUAAGGAUCCUGAUGCCAACGGGAAAUCCUUUGCUUUCGUUGGUCCCAGUCGGUACCUCCUUUUCCACCUGGUGAAGUACAUCUUUGCUGUGGCUCACAGAUUGUUCCUCCCAUUCCCCUUGCCACUUUUUGCCUAUCGAUGGGUAGCAAGAGUCUUUGAAAUAAGCCCAUUUGAGCCCUGGAUAACAAGGGAUAAAGUGGAGCGGAUGCACAUCACAGACAUGAAAUUGCCUCACCUGCCUGGCUUAGAAGACCUUGGUAUUCAGGCAACACCACUGGAACUCAAGGCCAUUGAGGUGCUGCGGCGUCAUCGCACUUACCGCUGGCUGUCUGCUGAAAUUGAGGAUGUGAAGCCGGCCAAGACCGUCAACAUUUAG